ACAAUACCACAUAGGUAUGAAGGCAGAAAAAAAAUCCUGUUUAUCCCAUUCUGAAUUCUCUUUCAAAAUCCCCCAAGUUAAUUUCUUCUUUCUUCGAAGUUCGAACCCAAACUCUAAGAAUUUCUCUUUUGCUAGUGGAAGCCAAUGGCGUCCACGGUUUCUCUAACUGGUCAGCUCUCUAGCCCGCAUGCCAAAAAUGACUGGAAAAAGCUCUGCCCUUUAUCUGCUUCGCUCUGUAACUUGAAUUCCAGUGCAAAUUUUGUUGAUAUGAAGAUAGUAUCUCGGCCUGAUCGUCGAAAAGUUGGGCAUGAGCAGCAUAGAUGUCUCCGGGUGUAUGGACUAUUUGGUGGAAAGAAAGACAAUAAUGAAAAAAGUGAUGACGCGCCAUCCAAGGCUGGAAUUCUUGGAAACAUGCAAAAUCUUUAUGAAACUGUGAAGAAGGCACAAAUGGUUGUCCAAGUUGAAGCUGUGCGUGUGCAAAAAGAACUUGCUGCAGCAGAGUUUGAUGGUUAUUGUGAGGGUGAGUUAAUAAAGGUAACACUAUCUGGGAAUCAGCAACCUGUACGAACAGAAAUUACUGAAGCUGCCAUGGAAUUGGGACCAGAAAAACUUUCACUUCUAAUCACUGAGGCAUACAAGGAUGCCCAUCAGAAGAGUGUCCAGGCCAUGAAGGAAAGAAUGAACGAUCUUGCACAGAGCUUAGGAAUGCCACCAGGUCUUGGUGAAGGUUUUAAGUGAGAUAAAUAUAUAUUUUGGAGUAUGGGAUCGAGUUUCAAUUUUGCUUACAACACAUGGCAAGAAUGCUUAUUUCUUGACAUACUAUUACCAUGGAGUUUCAAUCUUGCUUAUUCAGUAAUGUAGGCCUGAAAUCCUUCCAAAUUGUGUGAGAAAAGAAAAGCAAAUGCUUUGUCCCCGCUCCAUUUUUUGUUGAAUGGAAAUCUUGAGUCCUGUUAUUCUCUAUAUAGUCUUGUCAUAAAGAAAGGAAAACCGGACCAACGUUGAGAUUGUUUCUUGCCUAGUUGGAAGUCAUGAAAAUGAGGACGCUGGAAUUAGAAUCUA